UAUUAACAAAAACAAAGUUCUAAUGAUUUGAGCAACACCAAAAUUAGACGAAAAUGGGGACUUGCCGGCCAUAUUCUCCGUUUCACAGCUACCAGAUCGGUAGCCUUAUCAGCUUUCAGCAUCUGAAGCUCUUUCAGUACUGCUCGUCUCUUCGUCUCCAAGGUUGGAACAGAGGCUUUCGUCUUCAAUAAACUUUAGGUGUAAGGUGCUAUUACAAAAACAAAAGGACAACAAGUAUCAUGGGACCUAAGCGCAAGUUAUUGGCAACUACAAGUUCUCAGGCUCAAGGAGCUUGUCCUGACCAUAUGAAAGAUAGAUUUAGUAAUCUGCCCGACGAAGUUGCUCAUCAAAUUCUUUCAUCAGUUUCUAUAUUGGAUCUCACUCGUUUCGGCACUUUAUCCAAAAAGUGCAGAGAACUUUAUCUGUCAACGCCCUCAUUGAAUUUUGAUGAAUUUAACAACUGGAAUAAAUCCUCUUAUGCUAAGCAAUUCAAGUUGUUGAGUUCUUUGGAUAAGUUCUUGGUCCAUCGUAGGGAGAAUAAGAUACAAUGCUUUCGUAUUUGUUGGAGUCUCAGUUACGGAAAAGCUGCAAGUCUCUAUAACGAGCUUUACCGAGUAGUCACGUGGAUCCAUAUGGCAGUAAGGUGUAAUGUUGAAGUGCUUGAUCUUGAGUUGAGGAUACCUGAUACGACAAGGCUAGAGUUGCCAUCUUGCAUCUUUCUUUGUGGAUCUUUGAGGUCUCUAUCAGUGCACUGCAAUAAAAUUCUUACAGCGCCCUCCUUGGUUAGUUCCACUAAUCUUCAGUACUUAAAGUUGACAAAUGUUACAGUAGAUGAGGGGCUUUGCAAAUGGAUAUCGUGUUCUUGCAAAUGCAUUAAGGAAUUGCAUCUUGAACAUCUGUGGCUUGAGCUUGUUCACGGGGCAAAACAGAUCACCAUCAGCAGCUCAUCUCUGGAAACCCUGCGUUUCAUUUCGUGCUAUGCUUAUUACAGUUUUCAAAACCCCAGUGGCAACUUUCAUCUUAACAUCUCAGGUGAAAGGCUUGAAGACAUCUACAUUGACUGGAAAGUUAUCCCAACCGGUCACUCGAUAAGCAUUUUCGCUCCGAAUCUUAAACACUUGAAAUGGAUUGGAACUUUGGCGAGCCGCCAAUAUCUGGAGAAAUUGAUGUGUCUAGAAAAAGCGGAGAUUUUUCUCCAUCCCAGGAGUGAGGAUUUCAGCAAACUAUUCAGUGUGCUUUCCAGUAUCCACAGUGUUAAACUUCUUGUUCUAAAUGAAGAGACCACAAAGGCUCUAACCAAGGAACGACGAUCUCUGCCAAGAAUAUUUGAUAAUCUUGGUCACAUCUGUAUACAGAGUACAUGUUUGAAUGAUGGCCUAGUUCCGGCAUUGGCCUCUCUUUUUAGAGGGAUGCGUCAUCUGAAUACUUUUCACAUGAAGUAUGAGCCAAUUAUACCCCUCUUGUUUACCAAACAUGUUGAAGCAAGCAGAUUUGAUCGUGAAUACUGGAAAUCCCAAAAUUUGGCUAUCAUUGAUCAGCUUGAGGAGGUAACUGUUGAGCUUUCCAGUGGGAGUAAUGAGUUGGAGUUUGCAAGGUAUAUUUUGGAGGGUGCCAAGAAUCUGAAGAAAAUGGUUAUAGUUUAUUUGCCCCAUCAAUCAACUCGAAUUGAAGCAGUAAAUGAAAUUGAGAUGAACUCCCCUGCAACAAUUGUCUUUAAGAAAAGACCCAGAAGGCCCAAGCCCUCUUAUUCCCCUUGAGCAUUAUCUCAAGUGGUUUAAAU